CCAUAGGCUCCCAUAUCAAGCUUCUCCCUCAUCCCUGCUCCCGGCACCCUGGGGCCUCAAGCACUGCUCGACUUGGAUGCAGUGGGGCCCAGAAGGUGACUGCCACGCCAGGGGGUCGUAGCCCUGUCUGUCACAAGUUCUGAUUGAGCACCGUCUUUGUGGAUCCCUAAGCACUUCUCGUGGAGAGAGGCCAAGCCAAGUAUCCAGCGGAGCCCCGUGAGCUUGAGGGCAAGCCCAAGGGCACCUUAUCUCUCCUGACAUCCUUUCUGGUCUGACACGUGGUCGCCUUUCCGUGUCGUCAUUAUUAAAGAGAAGACCAAGGCUGGGUUAUCACUGGAAGAAGGAAAACCGAGCAGCCAGCUGGACUAAGGUUAUCUGGGACCAUGGAAGAAGAUCCUCAGCAGGGGUGGUGCUGCUACCUAGGGUGCAUCUUGGAAAUUUAUGGGGCUUUUUGUUUGUUUUUUGGCCGCACCGUGUGGCAUGUGGGAUCUCAGUUCCCCGACUAGGGAUGGAGCCCAUGCCCACUGCAGUAGAAGCAUAGAGUCCUAACCAUUGGACCACCGGGGAAGUCCCUAUGGGACAUUUUUUGAUUGACAAAAAUUUGAAGGGAAGGAACUCGCUGGCAUGUAGUCGCCCUGUACAGGAUGCUACACGUCCUGAAAUGCUCAGGAACCCCACCUCUUAUUAUGAAGAAUUCCUGAGACAAUUUUUGAACCACCGGAUGUACGUCACGUAUAUGAAAAGCCUGUUUGUCUGAGCCUAGAAUUAUGCAGUGUUUUACAUGUAAACACAGAACAGAUUUUGCACAUUUGGAAAAAGACUCAGUUUGCUAGGAAUGCACCUCUGUGUAAAUUAAAACUAUGCUUUGUUCAUCACUUUACCAAGAACUUGUUCACUAUUUUGGAACAUCAGGUCACUAACGGCAGCAGUGCCUGUGGUACAUGUGUCAUCAGGAAAGCACCGAUAUCAGUUGGCAUUGCAGUUGUCACAUCCACGUUGAUUCCACAUAUGGGGGUGGGCACUGGACUACUUCAUUGUCUUCUGGUUUAGUUGGGCCCAAGCUUUCACACACUGAAAGGAUAAAUUACUUGUAUUUCUCCUUUAUAUUAGAGUGAGGACAUUAUACGGAGUUGUGGUCACUGUUGUCGUACAUGAUGUAGGGAUGUUUCCUUUUGAGGUAGUCCACGGGGCUGGACGCUAAUAGGGUUGAGAACUGCAGUGUAAUCUGAUGGUUCCAAAUGGCAGUGGUGAGGAGGGAAUACAGUCUGUAAAAUCUCCCCAGCCUAUUUUAGAGGCUUCCUCCCCACCACUCCUAUCCCGGGACAGGGGCUCUAGGUGGAGAUUCUUGGGGGGAGGGGUCCAGAACUUGGCUCCCCGGUUAAUGGGUGACGGAAUUUGUGCAAGAGCUGGGCAAAGGUGAAAGGGCCGUGUCCUGCCCCAAAUCCCUCAUCCCUUCGCUCUGCUUCAUUGACACUCCCGCCCCCUGCCCGCUCCAGGCAGCUAACUUCACACAAACUCUGACCUCUUACUCUCCCUCCUUAACUCCAGGGCAGGCAAGACAAGACGAAAGGCAGGGCAGCAUGAGCCGAUCACCCCCCAACGCCAUACAACUCCGAUCCGUGGGCUCCCAGGGUACCAUGGCUUCCCUGCCGCAGCCGUCUGCUGUCCAAAAUCCCUCCUCUCACUCUUGGGCCUCUGUGUGUGGGUCUCCUCCCUGGGGCCUCAGCUGUCUUCUGGCUCUGCAGCAUAUCUUGGUCCUGGCUUCUCUGCUCUGCGCCUCCCACCUGCUCCUGCUUCAAUGUCUCCCUGCAGGAGGACUCUCUUCCUCCCCUGCCCAGCUCCUGGCCUCCAGCCUCUUUUCAUGUGGCGUGUCUACAGCCCUGCAAACUUGGAUGGGCAGCAGGCUGCCUCUUAUCCAGGCUCCAUCCUUAGAGUUUCUUAUCCCUGGUCUGGUGCUGACCAGUCAGAAGCUACCUCUGACCACCCGGACACCUGGAAACUCCUCCCUUGUGCUGCGCCUGUGUGGGGGACCUGGCUGCCACGGCCUGGAACUCUGGAACACUUCUCUCCGAGAAGUGUCUGGGGCCGUGGUGGUCUCCGGGCUGCUGCAGGUCAUGCUGGGGCUGUUCGGGGGUCCUGGCCACUUGUUCCCCCACUGUGGGCCCCUGGUGCUGGCCCCCAGCCUAGUUGUGGCAGGGCUCUCGGCCCACAGGGAGGUAGCCCUGUUCUGCUCUGCUCACUGGGGCCUGGCAUCGCUGUACGCUUAUCCUGCUCAUGGUGGUCUGUUCUCAGCACCUGGGCGCCCGCCUGUUCCCGCCUCACCCCUGGAGGCGAGCUUCAACCUCUUCAACCCACACUCACAUCCCUGUCUUCAGGCUCCUCUCGGUAUGUGGAGGUCUGGGCAGGGGCAGUUGAAGUUAGAAGGGCUGGCACGGAAUGCUCGCUCGGCCCCCUACCUUUUGGUUUCUGUCUACCCCUCCAAGGCUAGCUUGAAAAGUUCUGGGGGAGGGGUUCUUUUCCGUCUCAGUCUUGUCCCUCAGGUGCUGAUCCCAGUAGCUUGUGUGUGGAUCAUCUCUGCCCUUCUGGGUCUCAGCAUCACCCCCUGGGAGCUGUCCGCCGAGGCACCGUGGUUUUGGCUGCCUCACCCAGCUGAGUGGGACUGGCCCUUGCUGACACCCAGGGCUCUGGCUGCAGGCAUCUCUAUGGCCUUGGCAGCUUCCACCAGCUCCCUGGGCUGCUACGCCCUGUGUGGCCAGCUGCUGCAUCUGCCUUCUCCACCUCCGCAUGCCUGUAGCCGAGGGCUGAGCCUGGAGGGUCUGGGCAGUGUGCUGGCCGGGCUGUUGGGGAGCCCCAUGGGCACUGCAUCCAGCUUCCCCAACGUGGGCACGGUGAGCCUUCUCCAGGCUGGAUCUCGGCGAGUGGCCCACUUGGUGGGGCUGCUCUGCGUGGUGCUUGGGCUCUCCCCGAGGCUGGUCCAGCUCUUCACCACCAUCCCACUGCCUGUGCUUGGUGGGGUGCUGGGGGUGACCCAGGCCGUGGUUCUGUCUACUGGAUUCUCCAGCUUCCACUUGGCUGACAUUGACUCUGGGCGGAAUGUCUUCAUUGUUGGCUUCUCCAUCUUCAUGGCCCUGUUGCUGCCAAGAUGGUUUCGGGAAGCUCCAGUCCUACUGAGCACAGGCUGGAGCCCCUUGGAUGUGUUACUACGCUCACUGCUCACAGAGCCCAUCUUCCUGGCGGGACUCUUGGGCUUCCUCCUAGAGAACACCAUUCCUGGCACACAGCUUGAGCGAGGCCUAGGUCAAGGGCUGCCAUCUUCUUUCACUGCCCAAGAGGUUCGGAUGCCUCAGAAGUCCAGGGAGAAGCCUGCUCAAGAGUAUGAGCUUCCUUUCUCCAUCCAAAACCUGUGUCCCUGCAUUCCCCAUCCCCUCCGUUGCCUCUGCCCACUUCCCGAAGACUCUGGGAAUGAAGAAGGAGUGCCCUCUGAGCCAGGAGAGACAGCCGACUUGCUGCCUGGCUUUGGGGAGCAGUGCCCUGGGUCUAGCAGAGAAGAACUUAGGUCCCAGUAAUUACCAGGACUCCAGCUUCCACCUUGAUUACUUUAGCCCUAUCUCUCAGCUUGCUGGAGAGCCAGAUCCCAGGCUCUACUUUCUCUCAGGGAGAGGAUGUGUGUGUGUGUGUGUGUUUCACACGGGCCCACCUAAAGGUCUCAUUUCCCAGCAGGUGUGUUUGCCUUUCCUUCUCUUAAUUAGGCCCAACUGUUCCAGAGCAGGGCCAUGGUUUAUGGGCCAUGAUUGAAUGAUAUUUUGCCUGUGAACUAUCUAUACUCGAACCCCAGCAUUCACUAACUGAUACUUAUUAUGCCUCCUAUGUGCAAGGUCCUGGAAAUACAGAUAUGGAUAAGGCAGGGUCCCUGCCCUCUCAAACACUUAUGGUUUAAAAAGACAUGUAAUCACCAACUAAAAUCCAAAGCAGAAAGCAGUCUGCAAUAAAGAUCGAAACAAUGCUAUGGGAGCAAAGCGGAAGAAAUAGUGAGUUCUGAUUGGGGAUAGUGGGAAAAGCUUUACAUAGAAGCAGCACUGAGGCUGGCCUUAACAAGAGGAUUUUUCGUUGUGGAACAGGGAUGGGGAGAAUUUUUUAGGCUCAAGUAUUCAGCUCGAGCAAAACAGUAAGUUGUACAAGGUGCAAGAUGAGUUGAAGGAUGUCAAGCUUCUCUGUGGUGAUGGAGCAUAAAUUGGGGGUGCAUGGAGGGAGAAAUGAGACAGGAGAGGUAAAGGAUGAGGUCAGACCAUGGGAUUUAUGCCUGGGAGACUCAUCUCUUAACUCGAGUGCUGGUGGAGACCCAAAAGAGAUAUCUAGUGAAGUUCAAUCCCCUCGUUUUAUUUAAAAACAAAACAACAAAAAAGGCUGGACGCGUAGGGAAGGGAAAUGACUUUGGGUUUAUCAACAAAUCCAAAUCCGGGGUCCCCUCUCCUGCACUUCGUCCGGCAUUCUUUCUACUCUGCCAGCGCGACACUGAGGGGCGGCCCUACCCCUCCACCUCUCUACCAGGGAGUCCUCCAGCCUC